AAGUGUUAUCAUGUAUUAUACAACAAUCCUAGAUGUGGUUACUCUUGCUGGGACUGAAAGUCAUUUCACCAGAAUAUGCUCCUCUUAUCCUUAUUUCUCUGUUGGAUUUUAGCAGUAGCCUAUGGUUGUGUGGAAGGUGAUGUACAGUUAGUGGAUGGGGAUGUGCCUAAUGUAGGAAGAGUAGAGAUUUGUAUUAACAAUGAAUGGGGCACUGUGUGUGAUGAUGGAUGGACUCACACUAAUGCUGAGGUGGUCUGCAGGCAACUAGGAUACCCUACUUAUGGUGCUGCAUAUCUUAAUAGAGCAUUUUUUGGUCCUGGAGCUGGGCCCAUACAUUUAGAUGAAGUAGUAUGCACUGGAUCAGAGGAGACUAUACUCAACUGUAGUCAUUCAGGGAUUGGUAUUAAUGACUGUAAUCAUGAUGCUGAUGUGAGUGUGCAUUGUCAAGAAUCAGUACCUAAUGAAGAGUCUGUUCCCAAUAUGACUGUGUGUAGCACUGAUUUCAAUGAACAACGAUUGACUGCAUUAAAUGCCAAUGGAAGAUGUGAGCCUUACUAUCAAAGAGAUAGCCCAGCACUAUGUGACAGUGUCUAUAACUCUGAUCUCCAUUAUGUUUAUAUCCCCAAGACUCGUUUUAGAGGCUCCCAAUAUCUACUAAGACAGUUUGCAGAGGAAGUAGUUGGUUUCAUUCCUACUAUACCAGAAAGCUGUCGUGGGAUUGCAGUUGGAGUCCUGUGUACCCACUACUACCUGCCUUGUGGAUUCAAUGAUAGCCUACACCUACCACUCCCUAUAUGUCCUAAUGUCUGCCAGUACAUGUCGGAAGUGCUCUGCCCUGAUAUCUGGUUGUUCACCAUUAACUACCUUGCUUCUGAUCAAAUUGAAUCGCAGUAUAGGAAUGAUCCAGGAAUCGUGCUGCCAACAUGUGACAAUACAGAUAACCUGAUUAAUUUCUUGAAUCUCACGAGUGACUGUUGCUCUAAUGGAGGUAUUACAGUGCCACAACCAACCACCACAACAAUUCAAAGUAAUGAGGUAACAGCUUCAACCUCUUCAGCAACAACACUCCACUCUACUAAUGCAACAGCAAUUGAGACUAGCCUAUCCCCUUCAUCAUCCAUUGAUAUUAUUACCAGUAGUAGUCGUGUACGACGAUCUUCAAAUCGGCUAGCAAUCAUAAUACCAGUGGUGGUAGUCACUUUGAUAAUAGCAGUGCAGAUAAAGAUUAUAAUAAUUUUUGUCUAUUGUCUGAUAAAGAAGAGAAGAAAUAAGGCACAGUCAAUGAGACCAGUCACAAAUGGGGCUACUAGAUCUAUGCCAAUAGAUAGUGACAAUCUUCAAGAAGAUAAUCAACAUGUUGAGAUUUCAUCUCAUUAUAUUGAUCAGUUAUCAAGCCAUUUAAUAUCAGGGCUGAACCUCACAAUACAGGAGUCUGUGGGUCAAGGUGAAUUUGGUAUAGUGUAUCGUGGGCUGAUAUCGGUCAAAAAUGAUAUACCACAAGCUAUUGCUGCAAAAACUUUAAAAGGUUUUUACAGUAAGAGUGAUAUUGACUCCCUACUGGAGGAGUGCAUUAUAAUGAUGUCAUUUGAUAAUUUAAAUGUAUUACCACUGAUUGGUGUGUGUCUUGAUCUUGGACCAGCUCCAUACAUUAUCAUGCCUUUCAUGUCAAGAGGAAGUUUAUUGUCUUACCUCAAGAAAGAGAGACCUAAUCUUACAGUAGCUGAUACCAGUGAAGAGGAUAUUGUACUGAAUGUCAGGAAACAGUUACUCUCCAUUUGUUUACAAGUUGCUAAUGGAAUGUGCUACUUAGCUUCACAGAGAUUCAUUCAUCGUGAUUUGGCUGCUAGAAACUGCAUGAUUGAUGAUAAUGGUAUCAUUAAAGUAGCUGAUUUUGGUCUAUCAGAAGAUAUAUAUGCUAAAAACUACUUCAGACAAUUUAAGAGAAACAGCAAUGACUCACCAUCCUUGACAACUGUUAAACUACCAGUGAAAUGGAUGGCAAUAGAGAGUCUCCAUGAUGGACUGUUCUCUAAAAAAACUGAUGUGUGGUCUUAUGGUAUAUUGUGUUGGGAAGUGUUCAGUCUUGGUAGAGCACCUUAUCCUGGUCUAGAUCCAGUAGGAGUAGUUGAAUUUCUUGAUACUGGAGGAAGACUACUAGCUCCACGUGGUGAAGCCUGCUCAAAAGAAAUAUACUCAUUGAUGACUUCAUGUUGGUCUGAGUCUCCUGAUGAUAGGCCAGUGUUCAGUGAUUUAGUAUCAUCAAUCAAUGCACUCAUUGAGCCAUUGGCUGGCUAUCUGGACUUUAAUGGGAUUAGUAAUAACUUUAAUAAUAGUAUUGAAGAUAAUGAUAGUGUACAAUAAUUAUACAUAAUAUGUAAAUUAAUUAUUUUUGUCUGUAUUGAGUAAACAUUGUGAAUGGGGCUCAAAAAAUAUUUUAUAGAUUUAAUUGUUUUCCAUGGAAAUGUUUUAAGUGAA